AUGCGCCCACUCAGCGACAUACGGUACGAGCAAGCAGGCAAGUCCGACCCCUACCUACACCAGUCCUCAGGAUUCUACGACCCCGCUUCCCGCUCCAAGGGGAGCAAGAAGAAAUGGUGGAUCAUCGGCGGUAUCCUCCUCCUACUGCUUAUUAUCGCUGCUAUCGUUGCGGGCAUAGUCGUCUCGAACGCGAAUAAGAAGAACGCUUCUGCGAGCUCUGGCAGCUCGAGUGGUGGUGCUGGAGGGUCAGGAGGGUCCGGGUCACCACUUAGCGGAGGGCAGGGAGGACCAGCAGGAGCAGGAGGCGUAGGCAGGUUCGCCGUCGCGACGGAUACGUAUGGGCUGCCUAUCUACCCUACGGAAACGAAUUCAGCAGUCUACGGUGCACCGACGUUCGUCCCCCCUUCCUCCGAUGCGUCCUCCAAUGUUCCCAGUACCUUCCCCGCCGACCCCUGGUCCCCCGGUGACAGCCCCUCAUGGAUAGUGACACGCCCCGAUCGGCCGCGUCUCAUCGCCCCUUCCUACAAGUGGGCCGCACUCCCAAACAUGAUCGCCAACGACCCAUACCUGUUCGGGUGGAACGAGACCAUCUUCGGCAACGCGACGUUUUACUAUAACGAGCCGCUUACGAACUACUCUAUCGACGGCUGCCUGUCCUGCUCUGGCGUGCUGGAUGUUGCCCGGCAGGUCAAGGUCAAGGUCAAGAGCUGGGCAUACGCGUACAGGAUGACGAACGACUCGACGUGGGUUGACCGGAUUUGGAGCGAACUCGUCAACGCCGCUGGGAACAACACGGACACCUAUUUUGGGGAAGAGGGGAAUAACUGGAACUACGCGCAUUUCCUCGAUACGGCAGAGUUUACCGCUGCAUUCGCGAUCGCCUAUGACUGGCUGUACGACGUCUGGACCCAACCGCAGCGGGACGCGAUUAUGUGGUCGAUCCUUGACCUGGGGAUAUCGUGGGGUUUGCAGGCAUAUACCAACCAGACGUUCCACGAUUCCAACGGCUGGUGGAACGCUGUGAACGGGAACUGGAAUUGUGUUUGCAACGGUGGCCUCAGCCUUGGCGCACUUGCGAUCCUCGGGGACGACCCGACGGGCAUGGCCGAGCAGAUGCUGAACUAUACUGUUCCCGAUGCCACUGCGAACUGCGCUAUGGCCCCUUCUACCGACGGCACGUGGUCCGAGACGGCCAACUACUGGUACUUUGGUACGACCGCGCACGCGGAGAUGACUUCCUCCCUCAUGACCGCGACUGGGAGUGACUACGGGAUGCUGAACGCCAACCCGUCGUUUAACGAAACCGCGCUCUUCCACAUCUACGUCACCGGCAUGACGAGUUUGUUCAACUACGGCGACCACGGACCGAACAAGUACUCCACUACCGCUAACGGUAUGCUCCUCUACGGUUCGGAGUACAACACCCCCGUGUACACACUCUUCCAGCGCGACAGGUUCGACGCUGCCGAGCCGUGGAGUAUGUUCUGGUAUGACGGGAGCGUGACCGGCGGAUGGUGGGACGGCCUUCCCCUGGAUCACUACUUUGACAACGGGCUGGAUCUGUGGGCAAGCAUGCGAUCCAGCUGGACGAACAACAACGGCACGUAUGUCGCUAUGAAGAGCGGGAACCAUACGGGCCAUCAGACGCAUGGUGACCUUGACGGGGGGGACUUUGUCCUCGAUUUCAUGGGGCAGAGGUUUGCUGGCGAGCUGGGGUCAGGCGACUACCUCAGCACAGGAUACUUCUCUUCUGAAGGACAGGACAGCCAGAGAUGGCUGUAUUAUCGCAAGCGUACGGAGGGCCAGAACGCUAUCGUCGUCGGGGAGCAGAACCAGGUCGCGAACAACGGCCCUACGGCGAACUUUGGCACUACGGGAGAAGCGCAGGAUUAUACGACUACGUAUACGAUCCCUGCGGGAAGCACGGCUUUCUUCACUACGGACUUGACGUCGACCUACUUUAACGUCACUUCCUACCAGCGCGGGAUCAGGCUGCUCAACAACCGCCGCCAGGUGCUCCUACAGGACGACAUUGUCGCCACUGCGAGCGUGCAGUGGCGCAUGCACACAAACGCUACCAUCACCUACCAGGACAACGGCACCACCGCGAUCCUCACUCUGGAAGGCAAGGUCGCCCAAGUGAAACUGCUAAACGUCCCCACCGGCACAGGUGCAACUUUCCAGACCCUCGACCCUGUACGGUACGCGAGCGACCCUCCCCUGCCCACGAACCCGCAACAGGUUGACCAGCCCAACCCGGGCGUAUCCGUCCUCAGCAUCACUUUCCAGGAUGCGGGGACGUACAGUAUCCAGGUGCUGUUUAACCCUCAGUGGGACGAUAUGAGCGCGAGCGACUUUGUCACUCCGCCUACGGUACCCGUGAGCCAGUGGACGGUGACGAGCCAUAAUAGCUGA